AGGUUUUCUUCUUCCUGCAACCAAUCAGUCCACCAUUAUCGUCUCUACUCUUUGAGCUUCGUUUCUUGCCGUAACAAAUUGUCCGAGUUUGAGUUCUUCACCGUCAGAUUAACCGGCGAUGGGGUCGCCCCACGAUCCGGGCGAGUUGAUUGAGUCGGCUCAGCCGAGUUUCGACGAGUUUCAGAGGCAGACGUCUCUGAUGACGAGCUGCAAUCUCCUGUGGAAAGAGCUCUCCGAGCAUUUCACUUCGCUUGAGCAGAAUCUUCUGAAGAAAUCGGAAGCUCUGAAGCAGAUGAUUGAAACCCUAGACAAUCAGACGAAGACCUCGAUCGAGUUGCUUAACCAUCGUGAGGUCACUAUAGACAAAAGCGUCGAGAUCGCGGCUGGGAAAGUCGAGGAGAGAGUCAGAGCCGCGCUUGAGUCGCUAGAGAAAGCUAGAGACGGCGGUUCAAGCGACGGCGACGGUGAGGUUGACGACGGCGACGGGCUUCUUCUAUCCGCACUGAAAUCGCUCUGCCUGAAGAUGGACGCAAGAGGAUUCUGGGAAUUCGUGAUCGCGAGGAAGAAGGAAUUGGAGAAUCUCCGGUCACAGAUUCCGGUGGCGCUGGUGGAUUGCGUGGAUCCGCCGAAGUUAGUACUCGAGGCCGUGUCUGAGGUUUUUCCGGUUGAUAGAAGAGGCGUCGAAGGCGCCGGAGAGAAAGUGACCAACGAUUUUGGAUGGGCUUGUGUGGUGAUUCUGGAGAGUUUGAUACCAGUAAUUGUGGAUCCAUUGAUGGGGAAAUCUCGGUUGCUUGUAACACCUAGCGUCGAGGAGAAGGCUAAAGAGAUUGCUGAGACGUGGAAGGCGAGCUUGGAAGAGAGAGGAGGGAUAGAGAACGUGAAAACCCCUGAUGUUCACACGUUUCUGCAGCAUCUCGUGACUUUUGGAAUCGUUAAGAAAGAAGAUCUUGCUCUGUAUAGGAAGCUUGUUGUUGGAUCAGCUUGGCGCAAACAGAUGCCAAAGCUCGCUCUUUCUGUUGGUUUAGGUGACCAAAUGCCUGACAUGAUUGAAGAGUUAAUCAUCAGGGGACAACAGCUUGAUGCAGUUCAUUUCACUUUCGAAGUCGGUCUUGUACACAAGUUCCCUCCUGUUCCUCUGCUCAAAGCUUAUCUAAGGGAUGCAAAGAAAUCAACAGCUUCAAUCACAGAAGACCCCAACAAUCCUGGCCGAUCUGCGCAUCUCGUGGCACGCAAGAAGCAAUCAGCACUAAGAGCGGUCAUAAAGUGCAUAGAAGAAUACAAACUCGAGGAAGAGUUCCCGCCUGAGGAUCUCAAGAAGCGGCUGGACCAGCUAGAGAAGACCAAAACCGAGAAGAGAAAACCAGCAACUAUUCCGGCCAACAAGAGAACACGAGCGAGCUACAACGGUCCAAUGCCACCGGCCAAAGCAGGGCGUAUCACAAACGCAUACGUCUCCUCAUUCCCUCCGGCACCACCAACAUUCAUCAGAUCACCAAGCCAUUCUCCUCAGUACGGUGUACCAGCAUACACCACAUCCCCGCCUACCAUCUACAGCAACAGGAGCCCUCCUUACCAAUACUCACCAGAGGCGGUUCACGGGUCGUACCAAGCUUCUCCGGUUAGUUAUCCGGCGGCGUAUGGUGGCUACUGCAGUCCGGUGGCUGCUCCUGCUCCUCCUGUUUACCAUCCUCACCCACACCACCACCACCACCACCAUAUUCAGCAUGCUUACUAUUGAUUAGUCAAUGAGACUGACCAAAAAAUGAAGUUGGUAAGUAACCAAACCACUGAUCUUAUGGUGUCUCUGUUUUGUCUCCACGUCGUCGUUUUGUUGUAAUCUCUUUCUCUCUCUCUCUCCAAAUUUGCAUCUAACAUUCUCAACCUCUCUGCCUCUGAAUUAGUAGCCCUACUGUGUGUUUAUUAAUUUAUACAUAUCUCUUCCCUUUCGCAAUUGUUCUGUAAUUCAACAAAUCAAAACUUAUUUCAGUGCUUAGAUUA